CUCUGUAGCGUACUUCUGUUAACUGUGCUGUAAUCGCUGGAGUGUAGUGGACAGAAGAACAGACACCGGGGGUCUGUACAACCUCAGAGACGGCACAAAACCUUUUUUGCCACGUAAUUAUGAGUGCCUAUUAGGCCGAUCUUUUCUCCCGGGGGCCUCGGUUUUUUUUUACGCGUGGACCUCUGCCGUUUGUUAACGUUUGAAGUGCCACGAGCUGCGUGUGUGUGUGUGUAUGUGUGUGUGUGUGUGUGUCGGGUCGGGGGGAGGUACUGCUUGGACGCGGAGUUCCAACGAGGCGGCAGUGUGUCCAGCCUCCUCGCGCUCACGGACCAGCCCGCUUUUACGAGCGCACGCAUGUGUUUAGGCAGCGGCAUUCGGGCAAACUGCACUCAGUCUUAGGCACGCGCGAUAACCGCGACGUGGGGCAAAAGCUUUCGGUUCUUUAUCUAUCUCUCUCACUCACAAGAACGGAACUACGACGGAAUCGAUGCAAAAGCGCUUCGUUGCGAAGUUGUUUCUGUGCGCAAAAGCGCCUCCAAAGAGCGGAUUUUUUUUCCCACGGAAUUGACAGUUCCACGUACUUAACGUACCACAUCUGGAUCCGUGACCAAGUUUAAGUUCAAAUCGACCAAAACAAUAAAAUUUAAAAAUACAUAAAAAGAAGCACGUUUUGGAGACACGUCCUUCUGUGUUCCGGUCUCCUAUGCAAGGGACGGUUUUGCUCGUUCGCUGUUGUUAGCCUGUUUGCGUCAUGACUUCUAGCUAUGCGCAUGUAAUGGAAAGACGAGCCGUCGCGGUGCCCAGCAGACUGGAAAGCCCCAUCACAGCCAACGUGGACAACCUGCAGGCAAAAAAAAACUUCUCGGUGAGCCACCUGUUGGAUCUGGAAGACACAAUGGUGGGAGCGCAGGCGGAUGAGAGCGUGGGGGAGACCAGGACCAUGCUGGAGUCUCCAGGUCUGACGAGCGGCAGCGAUACUGCGCAACCAGAGAAUGAACAGUUGAACUCGGAGGAGAAGAAGAAGCGUAAGCAGAGGCGGAACAGGACCACGUUCAACAGCAGUCAACUGCAGGCGCUGGAGCGAGUGUUUGAGAGGACGCACUACCCUGACGCCUUCGUGAGAGAGGAUCUGGCCCGCAGAGUCAAUCUCACCGAGGCCCGAGUGCAAGUAUGGUUUCAGAACCGGCGGGCGAAGUUCCGCCGUAACGAGCGGGCCAUGUUGGCCAGUAAGAACGCCUCACUCCUCAAGUCGUAUUCAGGAGACAUAACAGCGGUUGAGCAGCCGAUCGUGCCUCGUCCCGCCCCGCGUCCCAAUGACUACCUCUCCUGGGGCAGCGCCAACCCUUACAGCUGGUUUCCGAGUUCGGAGGGAGGGCCAGUGCGAGUGCCACAGAAAAUGCUGCCCACAGAAACACAAUGGCAGCCUACCCACCCACUUGUGCCAACACCACUUCCACCCAGGGAAUGAACAUGGCCAACAGCAUCGCUAACCUGAGACUAAAAGCCAAGGAGUACAGCCUCAACCAGGUCCCCACUGUUAACUGAGUGGAGGAGGUGCGACAGAGUAAAGAAGGGAGGAUGGAAAUGAAGAAGAGGAAGCCUCAAAGGAGUUGGAUGACUUCAAAAAUGGGACAAAUUGGUCUGAGUUUCCUCUUUCUCCAAAACUCCAUUGGGACUGGAACGAUCCAAUCCUCCUUCUGGAAUUAUGGCUCUUUCCCUCUCAUCCUCCUCCUCCUCUUCCUCCUUCUCCUCCUCCUCCGCCUUUUUUUUGUUGUUGUUAUCUUCAUCACUGCUGAUGAAUGUAGACACUUUUCUGAGGAAAUGAAACUCUUCAUAUAUCUGGACUAAUGUGGAGACUGCAAUGCAGACGUAGUGUCUGGAUGAUUUAAACCCGCCUCUUUUAUUUUAAAUGUCAUUUUCCGUGGCUUUAAAUUCGAGUCAACCGAAUGGAGCGUCUUCUUCGACGAAGCUAGUUUUUAUAGCAUCUACGCGAGGAGGAAAGGUUCAUUCGCCGGAAACAACAAAAAAAAAAAACACUGGGAUUCUCCGGCUCUGUUAAGCGAGAACGACCUGAUCCACCCGAACUCUUAAAAACUAAAAAAUUUGGAGGAACAUCUACCAGCUAACCUUGUUGCGCUCGCCGUGAAAGGUCAUGUCUUAAAUACAUUUCAUUCUAUAUAACCUACUGUACCACUGACACGUAGCUGUCGGUUCAUGGUGAUACAUGUAACUUCUCAUACUAACACAAAUGUAAUUAGUUUCUCAAGGACAACUUAUACUUCCUGUCGUUUUUUUUUUUUUUAACCUGUAUGCCGUUUCAUUUUCGUAAUUGCAAAGAAUAUGAGAAUAAAAAGACUUUCAAGCAG